GGCACAGUACAAUUUGUUUGGCUUGGAAACAGGACGUGUGUUCGCAAAUCUGCAUGUGAAUUACGGUGGAAAGGCCACAUGUAGUGCGCGAUAUGAGAAAUCAUGGACAGGAAGAUAGUAUGAGAAACUCCAAAAUGAGUCGAGGAGGAGAAUAUCCAGAGAGAUCUCCAUCAGAACAGUUGGUGGAUCUCCAUGUGUAUGUGAUGCCUCCAGACCUGUGGCGGGAAAACAAAAACAAUGCUGUCAACGAAGUCAUUUCUGAAAUGUCUUCAGCGGGAUUUAUUAGGGUUCAUCCCCAACAAAAAAUAUAUGAAUUGAGGUCAGAAAUAGAGGUACAGCUAGGUGGUAAUAAUGUUCCAAAAGAAUAUGUCUUCCUAAAAAGUGUUGGGCGAUGUCUAACACGGGUAAGACCUAAACAGGAGGUUGAGUUAAAGGCAAAAAACUUUGUUCCCCCUCAGGCAUAUCUUCCAGAAAUAUUUGUCUUAGAAGCAACUCCAGAACUAAGAGAAUUAUUUAAAAAUGACUCCCCAAGAACUGUCACAAAUCACAGAUCACCUGGUUCUAGCCAACAGUCACCAUAUUUUCAAAGAACUCAAAAUGGAUAUAAUGCCAGAGAAAUGUCAUAUAAUGAUACUGCAAAAUAUGAUGGAAACACAUAUGGACAUGGUCGAAGGGGACAUUCUUUUGAAACAGCAGAGAAUGGAUUAUACCCAGGACAUUCACAGAGACAAGGUGCCAUUUCCUCACAUGCAACACAGACAGGUGCAAGGAGAUUUACAGAGAACAAAGAAGACAAAAUGACAUUAUCAGGCACUCCAACUCCACCACAGUCUGGGGACUCCAGUGGCUCCUCCACAGUCAGGAGUACUGGCAGUGGAGAAUUUGGUCGAGUCUCACGAGGAACCUCUCCAGUUGACUUUCUCAGUGGUAGAGCAGAGAAGCAGCUUACUGGGCACAGCAAAGGUUCUGUCACUGGGAGUGGCCAGAGAAUAAAUGGACAGUUUUCUCCUAAUGAUAGACAUGGUUUUGCAGAACGUACAAUCGAUAAAUCAAAAGUAGACCUGCCCAGACAGUCUACCUUCACUGAGAAAUUACCGCCAAUUGGUAGUGGUAAAGUAAACAAUGGGGAAUUUCAGGACAGCAACACUGAAGCUAAUGGCAAGAGCCCCAGAAACAGAAAGGAGUUCUCUGAAGGCCAAAAUAAUAAACAUGAUGAUGUAAAGAAAAAUGAAAAAGGACAAAAUUUGAACAAUACAUCACAUCCUAGCAGUCAGUCUAAGCAAAAUACUCAUAUUAAAGAGCAAAUAGAGGGACUUCACUCUCAGAAAAGUGGUACUAAUAUUUCUCAAAAUCAGAAUGAGAAUGGACAAAAAAGGGUAGCUAGUGUUGAACAAAAUUCUGGUGAAUUUACUGCAGGCAAACAAAGUCAAGGGGCCAAUGGGGAAGUCCUCAGUGGGACUGGCGGGGGAGAUGGUCAAAAUAGGGAUAGCCAAAUAAUAAAUAAUCAGCAGCAAAAUUCUGGUCACAUGCUGCAGGGACAUAAGGGUGGUUCUGUUCAAAAUGAAACUGGCACCGAAGAUAGCAAACAAUUUCAAAGUCCUGGUCAUACGAUACCUUCACAUCAAGCAGCUAAAGAUGGCAAAAAUAGUAUAUCAGACCCUUCAUUUAAUGAAAAUCAUCAAACUUCUGCAGAACACGAUGCCCACAUAACAGGCAAAGAUGGCAGAGGUAAAGGACAUAGCCAGUCUCCAGAUACAAGGUCAGCCAAUACACACACCACAAAUGGAGAUUCUGGGAUUGCUGAUGGAACCCCUGACAGAGAAUUCCGCAGAGAUCGCACAAGAGAUACUCUAGACCGGAGGAAAAAUGAUAGUGGCCAUGGAGGUGGUUCACACUUGGAUGGAACUUCAGAAGGGACACGGGAGGAUCGUCAGAAGCAGGAAGACCCCUCACAUGGAUGGGUAGAGGAAGAGAGGCGGCGGCUGGAGAGUAAAGAGAGGCAUCGAUUAGAGCGUAAAGGUGGUGACAGCCAGGAGCAGGGAUCAGAGGAGGAAGCAUGGUCACAGGAUAAUGCAGAAGGGCUUGACAGUGGCAGUCCCAAUUCAUUAUCAAGAUUUCCUUCACCACCUCCUCUCACACUAGAGUCAAUCAACUCUGCUGAUUCUAACUUAAGGGAGUCAAGUUCAGCCAGGGAGAGAAGGCAGCAAGAGAAAGAAAAGCUACUUGCUGAACUGGAGGUAGCGAGAGAGGAAAGAAAGGAAGUGGAAAGAAAAAGAGAGGAAUUGGUAAAAAAGGCUAAACAGCUUCAACAUAAAACAAACAACAGGAGAAACCAAGCACGAGACAUUUGGAAGAAGAAGUAUUUUGAAGAAAAGAAGAAAACGCCACCAUUGGAAGAUCAAUGUAACAAACUGCGUCAUGAAAUUGAAGUUCUUCAUAGGCGUCUGAUGUCACAGUUAGAGGGAACCAAAGAUGCAAGGCAUGAUGGGAAAGCUCCAGGUCUCCCUUCCCAGAAGAAUAAUUAUAAGAUCCAAGCUACCAGACUUCACCAUGAGACUGAGGAGCUGAGACGAAAAGUGGAAAAUGCUAAAAUGAAACUUACUGCUGAGAUGAAACUGAGAAACCAAGCAGAGACUGAACUGCGAGCACUGAGAGCAGAGCUCACACAGAAGAAGAUCAAUGUGACUUUGACAAGAUCCCAGCAGAUGGCAGCACUUGGUAGCUCCCAUGAUGUUUUCUCUCCAAGAACACCUGUGGCUACUCCAAGAUGAUAACAGGCAGACACACAAAUCAAUAAAAGACCACAACAUUCAUUUAAUACAUUAAGAAAGAAAAUAAAAAGGUUUUUUAAAAGUUUUUUCCCAGAAAUGUUAUUCAUAUUUUGUUUCUUGUGUAACUUGAUAUCACAAAAGGAAGUGCUUUUGGUUAUAAGCAUCUGUUACUGAAUGUGUUGUGUACAUAACUUGCUGAGAUGACUAUACUAUAAAGUGAAGGUAUUAUUCCAGUUAGAUAUUCAUCAUGUACUGGGCUAAAUUGAAUUUGCAAAGCAUUCAAAUUAACUUCUCUUUCUUUCUUUAUUUUUGUUUAUUUCUUUUGAUUAACAACACUAACUACAGGCUUAAUUUAAAGGACGGAUCACUUUCGCAUCUUAGUCAUUAAUUUUGUGCAAAAAUUCAGGUGUGCCACAAAUGGGAUUAAUAUGGCAUUGACAAAUGGAAUAGGUAAGCCACUGAUGGAGACAUUGUGGUGAGGAUACAUUGCCAUAAAUAAUGAAAAUUGUCUGUCCAGGUUAAUGCUGUUGAUGUUCCAUUCUAUCAAUGUAGAAAAAUUCUUAAACCCAAAUGUGCAAAUGAAGAAAAAAUGAAAGCUAAAGAUUUUAAGGUAGCUUGAAUUUAUAAUAUUGAUUGAAAAUUGAACAAUUUAUUGUCUAUCAGUAAAUUCUGUAUGUAUUAUGCUAAUGUUUUGUAUAAAGUUUGCAUUUUAAGACGUAUGGGGAAUGUCUGAAAUAUGCAAACAUGUUGACAUUCUAUUUUUUAUUGUUAUAAGGCUUACUUGUGAUUAAUGGUGAAGAAAUGUACCUAGAUGAAAUGUAAAUAAACCAUUAGUCAGACUUUUAUAAAGAAUGAAGUGUAAUACUGAUUAUCUUUUUUUUCUUGCUGCUGGCUAGCUUCAACAAUGAUAUCUAGUCAUUGGUGAUUGAUAUGUGGCUUUUUAAUGCAUUUAGAGAUGUCAUGUUGGUGUUUCAGUAACCAUACAGUUAUUUAUACAUUGCUCAUUUUGACUCGUUUUAGAACCUAGUAAGUUGGCUUACAUUGUUACAACUAAAAUUGAUCCAUGUCAAUAAAUUUCUUCCUAUGAUGAAAUAAAAUAUUUUUUAUAAGUUCCAA